UUCAUCACAAACUAUUCUACUCCGGUAGGAUCCCUCAAAUCGUGUGACGGUGUUACUGUUCCGUUAACGGAUGCUGACGAGGAUGACACGUGAUCAUAUUAAACGACUGCGUUUUGGUCUAGGUGGUUUCUCAUUUGACAACAAGGCAAAACGACGUCGUUUUGUGCAAAUCAAAACGACGUCGUUUUAUAAUUUGGGGGUUUUUAGUCACGAUUUAGGAUCCUUCCUUCUCUUUGUCGGGGCAAAAUCGAGGGUUUGAGAGAUACUUGAGACGAGCGACAGAGGAGAUCCCAGCAACAGAGUGAGACGAAUUCUGAGUUGAAAAUGGGUGAGAGAGGGAUUCCAAAUCGAUGUAGAUGUGGAGAGGGUGUAGUUUUGAGGACAUCAAAGACUAUAAAAAAUCCAGGGAGACUCUUUUAUGCUUGUCGAUAUGGAGAGGAGAAUAGUCGUGGUCACUUGUUUAGGUGGACUGAUGAAACAAUGGUUGAAGAGAUGGAAGACAUAAUUCCGAAGAUUGAUGAACUUGAAAGAGCUUCAUUGACAUUACAAAAGGGUUUACAAGCUGAGAUGGAAACUCUUGCAAUGGAGACUCGUACAUGUGAAGCUGUUGUAUGCGGUUUAGAGAAGGAGCUUCGUGGUUUAGAGAAGGAGAUUCAAGGAUGCAAGAUAGAAUUGCGUGGUUUGAAGAACAUUCUUGUGUGUAUAGUGUUGAUGGUUCUUGUUUAUGUGUUUGUGUUGUAGUCAUUCUGAUUCUGGUUCUUAUUUGUGUUUGAUAUUAGUCAGACAUUGUAUUAUCUAAUGGGAAAUUAUGCAUUAACAAUGUUGAAAAGAAAAGAAAUUGACUUAACCAUAAAUGGAAACAGAAUUAUCAUUUGGUUACAAGAGACUUAAUCCAAAAGUCAAGAUAACAUAAAUCCUAAAGAUACAUCACCAAAAUAUUAUCCUAUCCGAAUUCUCUAAAUGCUCAUUCAAAAAAAUCCAGA